UGGAAGGUGAUGACGAAAUUACAUUGCGCAUUUGUUGUAACAUAUUUCCUCGAAGAAACGACAGAAAAGAUCCAGGAAUUCUUAAUUAUUUAAAAUAUAUAGCACAAAAAUGAAGCUAGUAAAUAGAGAAAUUGACAAAAACGGCACUGGGUCUGUUACCUUGAUAGCAGAGGAAGCUGAAGACAUGUGGCAUGCCUACAAUUUGGUCCAAGUAGGAGACGCUCUAAAAUCUACCACCAUAAGGAAGGUACAGAAUGAGACUGCAACUGGCAGCGUGAGUGUUCAUAAAGUUCGGACCACACUCACCAUUCGGGUGGAAACCAUCGACUACGACACACAGGCCUGUGUUCUCCGGGUCAAAGGUCGAAACAUCCGAGAGAAUCAGUAUGUGAAGAUGGGGGCGUAUCAUACACUUGACUUGGAGCAGAACCGUCCAUUUACCCUUGGAAAACACGAGUGGGACAGCGUGUGUCUGGAAAGAAUUGAUAAUGCAUGUGAUGUGACACAGCACGCCGACGUGGCUGCGGUCGUGAUGCAGGAGGGGAUCGCUCACGUGUGUCUCGUCACGUCAAGCAUGACCCUAGUCCGGGCCAAGAUCGAAACCAACAUUCCGAGGAAACGCAAGGGCAUGUGUGAUCAACACAUGAAGGGACUGCAUAGGUUUUAUGAUCAGAUUAUUCAAGCUAUUUUGCGGCAUGUUAAUUUUGACAUUGUCAAGUGUGCAAUUAUUGCAAGUCCUGGAUUUGUGAAGGAUCAGUUUGCAGACUACAUGUUUCAACAGGCUGUGAAACUUGAUCAGAAAAUGCUCACGGACAACAGGUCAAAGUUCAUUCUUGUCCAUUCAUCGUCAGGAUUUAAACACUCGCUGAAAGAGGUUUUAUGUGAUCCAUCUCUGACGUCGAAACUAGCGGACACUAAAGCUGCUGGGGAAGUUAAAGCUCUUGAUGAUUUCUAUCAGAUGCUACAGUUUGACCCUGAUAGGGCAUAUUAUGGCGUGAGACAUGUUGAAAAAGCUGCUGAACUUCAGGCCAUUGUCACGUUACUAAUAUCCGAUGAACUUUUUAGAUCGAAAGACCUGACAGAAAGAAAGAGGUAUGUUCGAUUGGUGGACACAGUUCGAGAGAAUGGUGGCGAUGUUAAGAUAUUUUCCAGUCUGCACGUAUCGGGAGAACAGCUGGGUCAGUUGUCUGGUGUGUGCGCCAUCCUGCGGUUCCCCAUGCAAGAUACCGAGGACUCGGAUGAAGACUGAGUUGACGAAUAUAAUGGAAGUAUUUAAACACCUUCAGGGACAAAUCCAUUCAGAACUUGGUAAACCAUGUCUGAACUAUUAAACGAUGCCAAACAACAUUUUAUCUCUCAAGCGACAUCCAGUGACAGCAAUACGUAACGUGGAGUAGUAGACCUCAAUGUAAACAGAAUGAAGGGAUGAUUACUUGGUGUCCUAGCUCAGACUAUGUAGAGCAUUGAAGAUGUUACGUAUUGAGCAUUGGCAUUUAAUCCUUUUGUAGUACUCUUUUCACUUUACAGACAGACAGACAACAGUUUAUUAAUCUCAUAUUAUGUACACAAUAAUAAAAUGUAAUUUAAAAUACAGCAUAAAAGUACGUACGCCAUUCUUUACAGGAACUACAAGACUAUCAAUAAAUAAAAAUAUAAAAAUGAAAGUUAAGAAAUACAAAUUGCAGUUGAAUUGAAAGUGUAUAAAUAUAUUUUUGAAAACUGUUAAAAUAUUUGUGGACCUAUGGCUAUCAUGGACUAUUUUAUAUCUACAAAAUUAAUAAAGGCUGAUUUAAGAAAUUUAUUAAACUGAAUAAUACAGUUAAAAAAUUUCAAAAUGUGUUUUGUGAACUAUGAAAACAUUUUGAAUUGAUUUCAAUCCCCAGCUGUGUUCAGAGUAUGGUGUACAAACUGUGCUGUAUUCUAAUAUUGUGCAGGAAUACUUUGGCAUCCAAAGAGGCAUUAAAACAAGAAUACAUUGUUGAACGUGCGUUUAGAUUACGCAGAUGACAGAAGUGAUGAUGAGCAUGAACUGAUCUGAAUCCAGUUUUAUUUGCUACUAUAUUCAUACAACAUUUAAACAAAGUCAAAUGCUGCUAAUGAAAAACAAUGUAGCAAAAAGUAACAAAUGUUUGACAUCCAUUUGCCGAUGAUUAAUAAAUCAAACUUUAACUGUUUCUCCAACCACAUCUCACAAUCACAUGACACAAUUUAUUACAUACAACAUUCUCAUAACACAGUGUCACCAUGAGUUGCAGUUGGAUUGGGAAAUAUUUCUGCAUGCAACUACAGCCUUGUAUUAUGGCUCCUUGAUGCAGUGUAGCAUGACGUGUGUAUUUAUUACAAAGUGAUUUUGUCAGUGGAUGAGUGUUAAUAAUUGUUACGUUUGUUGACAGUGAUAAAUGAUGUUUUAAUGUGCAAUGAUUCAUUUAUUUAUUGAUAACUAGGUGUCUUAAGCAUCAUAUUGUUAUAUAACAUUUGAAAUAAAUAUGUUUUUGCAUGUGGAAGCUUAGAUUAGUGUUUGGAGGCUACAUAACAAAAAUGCCAAGACAGAAAAACAAAUCAAAACAGGUCUGCAUUCUGCGUAAAAAAUAGUAAAUAAAUAAAUUAAUAAACAAAUUGGUACUGGUGUACCAAAUAUAAUUCUGACUGAAAUCUGCAUGAGCUGUUUAAAUACAUGUAUAAUUUGGGCAAAUCCCCAGGAGCUAAUUUCCCAAUUUGUACACAAACCUCUUUAAAUAAUUGAUUAAUUAUUUUAUGUUGAAGCAGGGAAUAUAAAUUUGGUGUUUAAUAGUUAAAGUGCCUUAAUUUAACUUUCAUAAUCCCUUGACAUAUGUAUCACUGUAUGUUUCUCUUUUUAAAAAAUGUUUUUAUUGAAUUGCUCAUGUAGAUUUGAGUUUUUAUAAAUGUGAUCAAUGCUAAUGGAUUAUUACAAUGCACAGUUGACUUGUGAAUAAUUCACUGAAUAGGCAUGUUGGUUAAUAGUAUACCUGCACGCAGACACACACACAAAUAUGCUCGCCCAACAUCAAUCUAAUUAAAAUUAGCUCCACUAUUACAUGUGGAUCUAACAGCAGCCGGUUGGAGCUCAUGUCCAGUUGACCUUUCAUUCGACCAA